AAAAAAAAAGAGUCCAGAUUCUGAUUAGUGGAUAUGAGCCGCAUCGAUCAAAGCAAAAUCCUCUGAGUCGUACCCGUGCAUGAGGAUCGCAACGAGCUGGACAAGGCUGUGGCGGUGACGUCGCGCUGGAGACUCUAUUACUCAAGGCUCGAAAGAGUCUCGAGGACCGUCGUGAUCAAUGGCUCAACAUGAUGGAGAAGGGCACAAUUGCGCGCAGGCGCCAGAAGGAUACGGCGCAGUUUGGGAGGCCGCCCACACGACUACGACACCACAAUAGAACGCAGAGCGAUGUCCCGUCACAGCCCGAUUCACCGCGCUCGCCGAUAGCCAUUCGACGGAAUGAAGACGGAUUCUUCGAGGGCAUCAACAAAGGCCACAAGCGCAACGAUACCGCGCCCACGACGAAAUCGAGCGUGUACGAGGAGAAUCCGAAGAACUUCACUGUGGUCAAUGUGGGCGCUGGAGGAGUUUUGUACUUGAAACCGAGUCGUGUGCCAGUUCCCAAUCCCAACUAUGCUCCGGCGACACCUCCGGCCACCUCAGAUGGCGCCGAAUCGUACUAUACGCGCUACACGGACCAAGGCGAGCAGCCUCUGUUGCGAGAAAGCACCGCAUCGUUAUAUUCUGGGACCAGAACGCCGCGCUUCUCGAGAUCGAACACCACUGCAAAUGUGCAGUCGUAUCUGCCGUCUUGCAGCCUUCCGAAUCGGCAUCACCGACGAAGGACCCGAUCUGCGUCUUGUUCUUCCAUGGGCAGCAGAGUGAACAGUCUUCAGGCAGUCCAUGAGGAAGAUGUGUCACGCUCGACGAAAGCGCCCAAGUUUCGCCGAAGAAGCAGUGCGGAUACAGAGCGAGGGGAACUGGGCGUCCGCAUACCGCACUAUCGAUUAGGAACACCACGCUUCAGCGACCGAGGUACAGCAUAUCUGCACAGCUCCAUUCAUACCAAUUCGUCUGUGCCAUCUUCGGUGCUGUCUCAGGCCGAGUUUGAGAAGAUCUUCCCGAUUCCACCGGGGAGAGGCAUCAGCUUCCUCGCAGCGCAAUCGAAUCGCCAGCUGCGUGUGCCAUCCACCGCGCGUGCGCCUUCCAACGAUACUAGAUCCAGGAGUCUUGCUACCCGCUCUGCCUUUUCUUCGAAUCGACCCUCCACUCUAGGCUUCAUCACGCCGGACACCUUCGACAAGAUCGAGGACAAUUUGGACAACCCGGCAUUUGUGCACUACCAUCCUGCUACUGGUCGGAUCGUUGCCGCGACUCCCGCGCGUCUUAUUGCACAAAUCACCUCGCCCGAUUUCCUGGACUACGAGCUGUUAGCGGACUUCUUCUUGACCUUUCGCUGCUUUAUGCAGUCGGAGGAAUUGCUCGACUACUUGUUUGCAAGGCUUCGGUGGGCAUUAACAAGCGGGAACGAUGGCGGCCGCAUUGCGAGAGUCAGGACUUUCGUGGCCCUCCGACAUUGGAUUCUCAACUACUUUGCAGAUGAUUUCUUGGACGAUGCGAUGUUUAGGCAGAUCUUCUGUGAUUUUGUCAACGACUUGGCUGCUGUCCUCCGUGAACGGCCCGAUCGUGGCGGCGGUGAUAUGAACAUCAUCUCGGAGCUGAAGAAGUGCUGGCGAAGGACGUGUAUGCUAUACUGGCCGGCCACUGAGCCCAUGGACACACCACCUGAUGCAGACAUAUUCCCAGGAGGCAUACGGCAUCAAGACGUGUCUCCUGCAGCAGCAUCGGCUCUCAGCCUACCAUUGUCCAUACGACCAACGACGUACCGAGGGUCCAUAUUCGAAAUCACUACGAUCCAGCUUCCGGAACGGCCACCUCCGCGCCACCUGACCCUCACGAGUGGCAACGAACCCGGACAGCGCUCGACAACGACGACGACCCGCACAGCCAGCAUUCCUGCAUCUCCUCUCAGCGAACAGAGUCUCGAGGUACUCUCCUGCUCUGUCCCAUUCUUGCGACACAUUCGUCCCACAGCGAGGGCUCGAGAGAAGCAAGAGCCGAGGAUUGCUGGGGCGCCACCCAAGGCAGGCAAGCCGCGGCCCAAGGUGCACAAGAGAAGUGGCAGUUUCUCAGAUGCUCUGCGUGACCGACGUACACCACUGGCCUCAGCCAAGACCGACAACAUCGAACUCAAGGAUCUCACAUCUUUUGCUGUAACGGGAGGUCUUGUCCGUGGCCUCUUGCUACAACCGUCGCCAUCGAAGGUUGAAAACACAGUUCCGGUCACACCGGGACCAGAGCUGAACGAAGGGCAAUUCUCUGGAAACGAAUCGGACAAUGAGCGUAAUCAUAAUCUUGGAGUGAGGAAAUUCGUUGUUGAGGUCAGACGUGCGCUCGGUAAUCGUAAACCGAGCAAUAGCAGGUCUCCUGCCCGAAGUUUAAGCUCCAAGGGUUCACUGGGCUCUCGUGAUGGGAGGGAGGCGCAUCGGCCACAGCAGAAGCCUUCCCCGGAUUGGCAGCAACUUCAGGGGCCGGCACGACUCGAUGUACUCGGUCUUGCGAUCGAACGAUCGUACCAAGGCGCACGGGAUGACUUUGCGCGCACUGAGGUGGAACCAAUACAGGAGCAUCCUUCCGCCGAGCUUCAAACUGAAGAAGCCGAUAGAUCAGAGACGCCGCGGCCAGCGACUGCGAAACGGGAUGAGCCACCACCUUCUGCGCAAGGCUAUGCAUCGAGCGGUCUUCCUUCGAGCGGCGCCCUUCCAUCAAGCGGUCUCCCGUCUAACGGACUUGCCAGUGGCCAAUCCAAAUCUUCUGGGGAAAGGGACAUCUCUCGACCCGACACUCACGUCACCUCUGGUAGCAGGUCCAUUGUGAUUGUGGAUGCAACCGGUGCACCUGAACUGCCCAUGAUGUCCGGAGCACUGCCUUCGCUCCACAACACGACUCCCGAGAUGGUGCCCAUACCUCUGUUCCGCAACCGCGCCGACUUCAAUCUGGUGCGAAGACCGAGCAUUGGACAGGCAAUCGCGGAGCCCCCUCGGACCGUGGCCGGUGAGGCCGAGUUUCAUUGGCGAUCUUCGGAUGCGAGGAUGCACGAUCUCUUGACGUCGUCUGACAGAUGGAGCGCCGAGGAAAACAGUCGUGCCGGCAACAGUGCCAUGUACGCGGAGUCGAAUGUUCUGCGCAGGUCAUCUGUCUUUGCUCCUAACUUCGAGUUGCAAGCUGUACCUCAUCAGCUGCGUAGAGUGCCUGGCGGCAAUCUGAGAGAUGCCAACCACGUCAGGUCUUUGGAAAUGGCACAGCCACGACCCCGAUCGGAGGGCUCGCUCAUGUCUACCGCCAUGUCGAGGGUACUUACGGUGACGUCCAAGCGGACCACAGAAGAAGGUGGUGUUCCACUGUCAGGAUUUGAUGAGCUCAGUAGAAACUCGGUGGUUCUCCUGGCCACGCAUUCGUCUCAGCCAGUAUUGCGACCAUCCUUUGAGGAAGAGGCACGGAAGCUGAAAGGAAUACCCGACAAAGAUUCUGAUGGCGCAGGUGGUAUCGAAGACGCUCUGCUCAAACUUGAAGGCAAAAUUCCCAGUCCAUCGAUUGGCAGUUCUGCUGAUUCGCGCAAAUCGAGCGAGUCGAGCGAGUCUGCCCACUCGCACGCGUCCACUACACAGCCGACGUCCAUCGACGGGUCGAGGUCACCUCUCCCGGCCCCUCCGAUGCUGCGGGAAAUGCCCACGGGCUAUGCCAGGCCCGUGUACGGCGACAUACCGAUGAAGAUCUCGCCAUCGAUUCAGAGCAGCCAUCCCAACGUGGCAUCUCCAGUCACGGAAACACAAGGAGCCAGCAUAUUCCACCCUUCUGUCUCCGCUGUUGGGUUUCCUUUUGCACAUGAGCCCGAACGAGUGGAGGAAGCAGGACGAGAUGUUCCCACGACUGUCUCCAGCCCAUCGGCCUCGGUCCCGCCCAUGGCUGCGAGGCUGAGCCAAUGGCCGAUCACGGAUCCGUAUACCGCAGCUUCUACUCCCGAGUCAUCCGCAUAUGCGCAAUCGCAGACCAGCGUACACAGUCAGUCUGAGUUCCGGUUGCCAUCUGGGGAUUCUGCUACAAUACCAAGCUUCAAGCCAGGGCCAUGGGGAAACCAGACCUCAUUCCUGCAUGAUGAACAUCAGAGCUUCAGCGACAUCUCCACUGAGAUUGUAGACUACGAGUCUCAGAAUGGUCACACUGUACGAAGCUUCUUCUUCGACGACACUAAUCAUGAUGGUCAUGUGUCGAUGCGGCCGUUCCAGCUCAUGAGCGCCACGCCGCCCUCGACCAUUGCGGAGCCUACGUCGUUUGAGUCGCCUGAUCGCAGACAACUACUUCCUCGAGCCGUGCCUCCUCGACCUGGCCAGACUCUCAAGCAGAAGAUCAGCAACCCGAAGCUGCAAGAGAUGGCUUCGAAUCAGCCUUUCCCUAGGCGAUCAGGCGAUGCGCCCAAACGUUUGCAGCCGUCUCCGAGUCCGUCGAAUGAAAGCUCUGUGAAUGUGUCUUUUGAAGAACACAUACCAUUUGUGCUGGCGUACGAGUCGGAAGUCAUCGCGGAGCAAUUGACCAUUAUCGAGAAAGACGCCCUGGAUGAGGUGGACUGGAAGGACCUCGUCAGUCUCAACUGGCAGCAGAGUCCUCCGAACAUCCGGAACUGGGUCGACUAUCUCAACACGGAAUCUUCGAACGGCAUUGACAUUGUCAUUGCCCGCUUCAAUUUGGUCGUCAAGUGGUGCAUCUCUGAGAUUGUCCUCACUGAGGCACCCUCGGAGCGUGCUCGAGCCAUCACCAAGUACAUACACAUUGCGGCUCACUGCCAUCGUUUGCGGAACUACGCGUCACUCUACCAGAUCACGCUGGCCCUGCUGUCCAACGAGAUCAGUGGUCUCACCAUGACCUGGUCCCUGGUCGCAUUACGUGAAAAGCACAUGCUCGAACAGCUCGAACAGCUCUGUCGUCCACUACGCAACUUUCACAAUCUCCGAGCUGAAAUGGAGACUGCCAUGCCUGGCAAUGGCAUCAUCCCUUUUAUCGGCCUCUACACGCACGACCUGAUGUUCAACGCGCUCAAAUCCGCACGCAUCGAUCCUCCUCCUCCCGGCAAAGAGUCCUUGGUGAACUUUGAGAGAUACCAAACCGCAGCAAACAUUGUGAAGAACCUCUUACGACUCAUUGAAGCCAGCUCCAAGUACACUUUCCAUCCCGAACCAGAGGCGCUCAGCAGAUGUCUCUGGAUCGCAGCUUUGGAAGACAGCGAAAUCCAGUCUCGAAGUAUGCAUCUGGAAAAGGAUUGACUAGCCGACCCUGCCACCACUCCUACCAAUAAUACCAAAGCCCGCGAUCUGCCCAUUCUCACGGCCACGACCACAGGAACAGGCAUGCCACCGUCUCGCAAUCUCCGAAGACUUCACAAUGGAGACCACGAGGCGGACAAUCACAUGCGAUACAGUAUUCGAGGAGUCUAUGGGCCUCAUCCGGCUCUGAAAUCUAGAUAUUCUACCCGUGCAGGCCAUAUUAGGUUCUUAUGAAGAAUGAAUGAAGAAGAAGAAGAGAAAAGAAGAGAAGAAGAAAAGAGAAGAGAAGAGAAGAGAACAUCAGAAUCAAAAUAUAUUCCCCCCCAGCCAUUCUCUCGUUCGCGUUUAUGAUGAUGAGAAGGAAGGAAAGAAGGCACAAAGUAGCAGAGAGAAGGAAAGAAGCAGAACAAGGCGGGCAAAACGAGAACGAACAGAGAGAUGAGAUUUACGACCGUUUUAUGACCCAUCUAUAUCUACCUUAUCCCAACCAACCAACCAACCAAAACCCGGGUGGGUGUACCCUAUUGUGAG